CGGCCUUGCACUGACUGGCGCCUUCAUUCACACCAGCUGUGAGCCUUUGUCAGGUCGAGCUGCUUUGGGUUGAAAGGGUUAGAAGCCGUUGGCUUCCUGAAUGAGCGUAGUGCAGAAGCAUGCAGAAGCCCAGGUGUAUGUUUUUUGGUUUGUUUGCAUUUUUUUUGCUCAAAGACUGAAUGUCAGGAAGCACCAAUUUGGUACCUUCAUUUUUAAUCUGAGCAGCGAGUCCAUUGUGGGCAAAGCAAGGCCCACUGUCGCUGGCCUUGGAUGAAACCAUGCUCCUGGCUGUGCACUUGCCUUUGCCGUAUAGCGGCUGGGAGAACCUGCAGGUGAACCACCCGAAGCUCCGCAGCGCCCGCGCCUUAUCGAAGCAGUGUGGCUUGCCGAGUUGGCGCCUGGUCGCCAAGGCAUCAAGGUCACUUCGAAACUCCCAUGCUCCGCAGGCAUGGUCAGGCAGGACGUUGGCUGUCCUUGUUGGCAGAGUGGUGUCCUGGUCAAAACUCAGCUUCGUUUGGACCAUCUUGUCCUUGAUCUCACCCUUCUCAUUCAGGAACUGAAGGCGGUUGAUCUGCUCGAGGGAUUCUAUGCGAGCCCUCUGCCUCACAAUGUGCUGAUUGCAAUCAGCAAGGAAGCAGAUGUUGUCAUUCCACAUCCGGUGCCAUUGGCGCACCUGAUCAUCCGAGAAGCUCUGAGUUCGAGCUGUUUUCAAAAGCUCUCGGAAUUUCCGCCAGCGCUGGGUCCGACCUCCCCUCUAAGUUGAGGGAAAAGAUCAUUCAGACAGUGAAGCACGGGAAGGACAACAUCAAAAAAGCUGGAACCCUGUCUAACCAACGUGCAGCCGCUGCUACAGCGUGGGUCCUCCAGCACGAGAGGAGCCAAUUCUCUGCAGCGACCAUGUCAUGGGCAGGAAUCUUCCUGAUGAAGCACCAUGUAUUUGUCAACACCGUGAAUGACAACGUGCUGAUAUCUUUGGGUUUCAGAACCUGUGCUGCUCUUGGAAUCAAGAUGAUGAGGCAUGAAUGCAACGGAUCUGUCUUCCUCACUGUCGACAAACAUCCACAAUCAAACUAUCCGAAUUGGAUGUUCAACCACGUGUUGCCUGCAAUUGAUGAUGCCACGGAACGCGGAUGGAUGCAUUUGCCUGUUGAGAUCCUCCAUCCAUAUGAAAUCCCCAAGGUUUUGAGGCAAGACCAUGGAGUGGUGCUGGCAGUGACUGGAGCGCCACAAUCUUUGAUUCCGGCCGCUGUGAAAGCUGGAAUCUACUUGACUUUGGACCAUUUGCGGAAGCUCCACGGGCGGUACAGAUUUGAGUUGCCGAAGUCAGGUAGCGGCAAGCAUGGAAGGCUCAUCAAGAAGGACUGGGCCAAUGCUUUUGUUGGGUUCCUUUUCCCAGAUGCACCUGACUCAGAGAAAGCGGAGAUGUCCCGGGCAAUAGUUGGCCGUGAUAGCAACCAUCUUCAGAAGUCCAAGGUGUCAGCCCACUGCCGUGAAAUCCUCCACGCUUUCAAUGGGCUUGACAAAGAAGACCAACACAUAUUUUCAGAUCUGGUCGCUGUUGCCAAAGAUGAACAACUUUUGAUAGAUAGAAGGGAACAGAAUGCGAGACAGCAGGACUCAAGAGGAGAGAAGCAACAUGAGACACCAAAGUUGCUUCGAAAUUUGAUUCCUCCGACCCCAGCUUGCCGGAUUUCACGGCAUCCGCAAUUGAAGCGAUACCAAUGCUUCUACACAGGAAAAGAUUUGGAGACAGGUGAGGCACGCACAUGGUCACGCGCGAGCUAUUGGCAUGGCAAGAAGCAGGGGCUUACUGAGUAUGCGGCCCUUCAGACAGUCAUUGACUGGGGGCGGCGUGUGCAUCGGAAAAUGCAGCCGGAUGAGACUGCAGCAGAGCCUAGUGAGUACGAUGUGCGCUCAGUGGUGGAAAAAUUUACAACGGAGACUGGCUUUGUGAAAAGCCAACCUGACAUGACUCCAGCAAAGGAGGUCAAGGGCACAUCUUCAAAGAAGAGUGAGGCGCCCAUGGCCGCUGAAGAAGAAUCACAGCCUUCAAAGAAGUUGAAAACUUCUAAGGAGCCUGCUGAGAAGGUGCCAAAGGCAUCUGAAGACAGUGGGAAAAAACAUAAAAAGAAAGAGGCAAUGCCGAAGGCAUCCAAAUCGUCUGGCUCGAAAGUGGCCAAACCACACGUG